AUGGAGUCCAUUGGGCCGGAUGAGGGCUCAUUCAACAUGAUUGGUACUGUUAGGGGCGCCAAGAUGGCAUGUUCGGCCAUAUGGACCUGGUUUGCAGUCACGUCAAGGGCAGCUACUGCUGUCGUUGGAGAGGCCAGACGUUGUGUGGAGAGAACAGGAGAACGUUGGAAGGAUCUCGAUUCCGAGAGGUGCCGCCUUUCCGAGACGGCGAAAUGCGAACCAACGGCGUCCAGUAGCGCCCGAAGUCAAUCAGCUUCUCGACUGCCUUACGCGCGACUUUGUCUGCUCCAGUCGUUGGGCGAGAGGGCCGCUCUCGUCACUUCUCUGGAACCGCUGAUCGUCACGCCACAAAAGCAAUGCGUAGCCGCAGCUGCGCUCGUGGCAGAUGCCUCUAUGGGAAAAGAUCUAGGGUCGAUCCGCCGGUUCUACUUCUUUGACAGGAGUCAAUAA